GGGAUUAUGCAACUAUUUUCUCAUCGGACUGUGUGGCUUAUGCACUUUAGUCGAAGCUGCUGCAGUGUCAAUAAUUUUCAUCGCAAUUCCUCUAGUCACAUGUGAUCUUCUCUUUAAUAAAAGACAGAUAAUAACUUUGAAUGCUGUUGGCUCCUUAGGAAUGAUCGUCGGUGGAUUGUUAUUUGGUACCAUAGCCGACCAGGGUGGACGUAAAAAUUUAAUUCCCAUUUCUAUGGUUACAAUAUUUUUGGCUUUACUUGGAUUUUCAUUCUCUCAAACUUAUUUUUUAAUUAAUUUUUUUGUUUUUGUGUUGGGAGUUGGGACUGCCGGAAGUAACACAAUAAUCAGAGUUUAUCUGAUUGAAUGUGUUCCCGCUAAAAAGAGAGGAAGUUCUUUAGUAAUCAUUGACAUUCUAUGGAUUAUUGGCUGUGUACUAUCACUAGGUUUAUCUUGGAUCUCAAUUCCAUCAAUUAUAAAUAUACUCGGUAAUGAAUUUCGUCCGAACUCCUGGCGAGUUCUUGUUGGAUUAGGAAGUGCGCCAUGUCUCAUAAUGGCAUACGCUUCUAGUUUACUUCCUUAUAGUCCAAGAUAUUUGCUGUAUCGUCGCCGUCCACAGGAAGCUCUGAUUAUACUCCAACAAAUGUUUUCUAUCAACAAUUCUCAGCAUGUUAAUAACUUCCCGUCAUGUAAUUUAAAUAAUUGUGUCAGACCAGAUGAUGACGAUAUUUACACUAAAUAUUUUUUUGAAGUUUUAAAACAGUUUUUGUUAAAAACAUGGAAGAGAAUAUCACUAAUUUACUCGCAAAAAUUUAUAAAAUAUACUUUAUUAUUUAACAUUAUUCGACUUUCCCUUUUCCCCAGUUUAAUAUGGAUCACAAAAUGGGCGACUUACUUGUCAUAUGAAACAAUUUACGCGUCAUCUUCUAAUAAAACUUGUUCGAUUGAUGUUGGAAAUAUCGCUCUACAUAUUUUAAGUGAUUGCCAUGAAAUUAAUAAUGUGUAUUUUGAGUACUCUCUUAUUUUUUUAUCAAGCUUCAUUUUAGGUGAAAGCUUGCUUUUUUUUUCAAUCGAUACUAUUGGCAGACGAAUUUCAUUAGUUGUUUCUGGAUUAAUUGGUGGGAUAUCAAUUCUUGUAAUGAUCUACGGUAGACAUCAAGACACCAAAAAUAUUUGGUUGAUGAUAGUUUUAGCAUCUUUCUCGGUUAUUUAUACAACUACUAAUAUUGAGUUAUUGGAGAAUUAUCCAACAUCUGUAAGAGGAACUGUAUGGGGUUUCACGUUAAUAUUGCCCCAAUUAACGAUAUUUUUUUUAAAUUCUUUCGCUACAAUGUCAUGUUGGAUGAUAAUUUACGUACUACUCGGUUCGCUAAUAGGUGCAAUAGUAGCAACUUUACCUAUACCAGACUUGACGAAUUCCUCGAUGAAAGAGUAAAGAUUUGAAAGUCGUAUACUCGUUGUAAGAAUGACCGGAGAAGAGACGAUUUUGGAAUUAGUAUAGAAAGUAUUUAAUACUAUAAGGUAAUUUCAAACGGUUUAAAUCGUUGGGUUGGGGUUCAUAUUCACUUUGAAAUUUGUAAGUCUGCACUUAAAUACUGGGAUUAGUCGUCGUGGGCUAAAGAGGGAAACCACCGACUACAAACAAUUAAAUGAAACAAAUCUGAUUUAGCUCAAAUAAAUUGUUCUCUGUGUGAUUAUUAAUUCUUUUAAAAAAAGCGAUCACUAAAAUUUGAGACAAAUGUUAGAAUGACGUUCAUACAAAAUGCCGUCCAAUUACCCCUAUCUUCUUUUAAAAACGUUCAUAGUGAGAAGCUAUGAAUAAUUACUGUGAUUGUAAUCAACUUUAGGAUAGUGGUUUGUUUGAUAUAAAAUUUAUAAUAUACUCUAGAAAGCAUAGUAAAUUUAUUUUCAUAGGUACAGACGUAUUAAAUCAUAAAUACAUUGAAAAAAAAAUAUGCUAACAAAGAAAUAAAUUGUAUAAGAAAUAAAAUAAAUAAUGAAGAUUUUUUUUUAUCUUCACUUUAAGUCAAAGUUAUCACAGGUUGCACUGUUCUAUAAUGAUAAUACUUAUCAAUAAUAAUUUAUAAUAUUUUAAAAAUACUAA